AUGGAUUGGAGGAAAUAUCGAGGAUAUCGACAAAAUAUCGGGGAUAUCGCACUUAUCGGGGAUAUAUCGUCGAUACAUGGGAAGAUAUGGCCUUACCCCCCAGUAUCGGUGUCGACAGUUGAAAAUACCGAUAUAUCGGCAGAUAUAUCGGUGUAUCGGCCGAUAUUUCAAUCCUUGCAAGCCUCUCAUUCGAAAUUCCAUCAAAUCGUUUCAUCUUAUGGUUUUGAAGAGAACAUAGCCAAUCAAUGCAUUUAUCUGAAGAAGUGUGGGAGCCGAUUUAUUUUUCUGGUGCUGUAUGUCGACGAUAUACUUUUGGCUACGAAUGACCACAGCUUAUUGAAAGACACUAAAGAGCUACUUUCAAAUAAUCUUGAGAUGAAGGAUUUGGGAGAAGCCGCUUUUGUGUUAGGCAUUGAAAUUCAGAGAGAUUGA